CACUGCUCAAGCGGAAACGCCGGGGACUCCAUGGAAACGACAGACUGGCGUGCUAGCUUGGGAGAAAGGAAGCCUUGUUAGCUAGCUAGCGUUACAUCUGCGUCCAGAUAAACUUGGCUAAACACUGAACACAUUUCACUUACUGCCUUUUCCUACAAAUAUGAGCCGUACACCCGAUGCAAGAGCGAGGGACAACCAGACAAGAAAGAUUCAGGAAAACAUCACCAAUGUGGAGAAACAUUUUGGAGAGAUGUGCCAACUGUUUGCUGCCUAUGUCCGUAAAACAGCCAGGCUACGAGACAAGUCAGAUGUCCUGGUUCGGGAAAUCGGCAUUUAUGCAGACACAGAAACGCCACACUUAAAGAGGGGCAUGAAGCAGUUUGCUGAACACCUGGCCAAGAUUCAAGACUACCGCCAAGCUGAGGUGGAAAGACUUGAAUCCAAAGUCAUAGAGCCAUUAAAAAGCUAUGGAGCUGUAGUGAAACGUAAAAGGGAGGAUCUGAAGACGACUCAGAGUGCCAGAGACAGAGAAGCUAAACAGAUGGCUCAGCUUGAGAGGACCAGGCAGAGAAACCCCUCAGACAGGCAGAUCAUUUCUCAGGCUGAAAGUGAUCUCCAGAGAGCCACCAUGGAUGCCACACGGACGACCAGGCAGCUGGAGGAGACCAUAGACGAGUUUGAGAAGCAGAAGAUCCGGGACAUCAAGAAAAUCUUUGGUGAGUUUGUGACAGUGGAGAUGUCAUUCCAUGCCAAGGCCUUAGAGGUGUACACCUUGGCCUACCAGAGCAUUCAAAGUGUGGAUGAGGAGGAGGACCUGGAGGUAUUCAGGAGUUCGCUGCAUCCCCCUGACUACCACUCACGCUUAGACAUAGUGCAAGCUAAUUCCAAAACCUCCCUCGAUCGGACCGGGUCUUUCCUGAGUACAACAGGGACCUCACAGCAACAAAGAGCUUCCAGUCGGCAGACAAGAAGAGAGGAGGAAGACGACGAAGAAGACGACGAAGAUGAAUCUGAAGAGGAGGAAGAUGAGGACGAAGAGGAGGACACAGAUGAUAAACAUUGAUUUUGUUUUUCUUAUUCUGUGUUUGUCUGUAUGGAACAAAAUGAUAUCAAAAGGUGUAUUACCGUUUUAUAAUCUUGUUCAAGAAAAGCUGUGUCAUUGCCAAAAUCACCUCACACAGGUGAUCUGUGCAGUAUUGUAGUGUGUGUUGUAGUUGUGUCAUGCUUUAUAAGAGAACAUCUUGUCCUUUUCUAACAUUUGUCUUUGAAAUUCAA